GAGGCGCGCGGCGUUGGGGCAGUGGUACUCGGUGUGACCUGGUGGAGGCCGUGCUCUCCGCCUUUUGGCUGCUUGAUGCGUCGCAGCCAUCCGAUGGCGCAAUUGCUCGCCGCCGCCACCACCACCACCACGCCACCCUGCGGCGGCCUCCUAACCGCGCGGGCCUCCGCGUCCUCUCCCGGCUGCUUCCUCCGCGCGCUGCCGAGAUCCCGCGCCAUGGCCUCCGCCUCCGGAGCCGACGCUGCCGCUGCGGCGGUUGCUCCCCCGUCGCUGCUCGUCUUCUCAGGAGGAACCGCUUUUAAUGGUGUUGUAGAAGAGCUGAAGAAAGUGACGACUCGAGUUGCACAUGUUCUUCCUGUUUCCGAUGAUGGUGGAAGCACAGCUGAGAUUGUGCGAGUGCUUGGUGGACCUGCUGUGGGUGACAUUAGAUCAAGAUGCUUGAGAUUGUCUGAUGAAAGCACUUCAGAAGCCCUUUCUGUUCGGACAUUGCUUGGGCACCGUUUGCCUCUUGAUCCUUCAGAAGCAAAGCUUGAGUGGUACCAGAUUGUAGAAGGAGAGCACGCUUUGUGGGAUGGUGUCUCACAGCCAUACAGAGAAACAAUACGUGCCUUUUUAGUCUACUUCCAUAAUGAGAUACUUCGACGGUCAGCUGAAAUGUUUUGCUUCACCAAUGGCAGCAUUGGGAAUUUCUUUUUUGCUGGGGCACGCAUAUUCUUCCAGUCUCUGGAUGCUGCGAUUUUCUUGUUCUCACGUGUGUCACAGAUCCCUGCUGAAAGUCUUGUUCUUCCAGUGAUAUCCACAAAUGACAGGCUUACACUGGGAUGCGAACUAUGGGAUGGAACUAUCAUCCGAGGUCAAAAUGAAAUAUCACAUCCAAGCAAUGGACGUAAAGAAGUUGUUAACAAGGAUUGUAAUUCAUGUAGUGCACUUCCUUCAAGGAUUAAGCGUGUCUUUUACAUGUCAAGUGAAGGCAGCAACCUGUUGCAUGAGGUAUUUCCUGAAGCUAACCGUACAGUUUUGGAGCAGUUAAGUAAGGUGGACUGCAUUGUAUAUGCUAUGGGAUCACUCUUUACAUCAGUCUGUCCAUCAUUGGUAUUGCGUGGCAUUGGUGAAACUAUAGCAUCAAGAUCCAUUCCGAAGGUACUUCUUUUGAAUGGGUCGCAUGACAGAGAAACAACUGGGUUGCCUGCUUCUGGCUUUGUGACUGCCAUUACUGAUUCUCUAAACCGUACAUAUGGAUAUCCUGACAAAAGUCUAAAGAAUCUUCCCAAAGACUAUGUGAAUGCUUUAUUGGUACCAAAAGGAGGCCAAAUUCCUUUGGAUAUAAAAAACUUGUCUUCUAAAGGAAUCUUUCAUGUGGUUACUGUGGACUCUAUACACGAUGGAAAGACGGGCAUUAUUUUUGAUCCGCAUUCAUUGAUUCAAGCCCUGACCAGUCUAAUAUCGGAUAGGCGUUUCGUGGAACCUGAUCUUCUAACAGAAAAUGUAGAGUCUGUAUGCUGAAAUCUCAGUUCUCAAAUGUUAGGUAUAUAUCUCGCUCCUAUUUUUUCCCUGUUCAAUACAUUGUAUGGGGAAACUGUAGCAUCAGUUGCCCACUUGCACUUCGUCAGCUAGCUUCAUUGCUUCAUUCAUUGAAAACAAAAUAUACAAAAACAAUUGUGCUCAUAGUUUAAUUUCACCAUCGAAUCAGAUUUCAGUUCUUUUAUUUCUUGUGUUA